AUGGUUCUGCACAAUCCCAACAACUGGCAUUGGGUUAACAAGGAUGCCGGGGCGUGGACGAAGAAGUGGCUCGAGGAGAACCUCACCAAGCUCGAGGCGAAGGAGGGAGAUGUGACAGCCAAGAUCUCCAGGGUCAUUAACAUGGAUGGUGAUGUCGAGGUGGCGCAGCGCAAGGGCAAGGUGAUUACCAUUUAUGAUUUCAAGCUUACUCUGGAAUUUUCAGGGUCCACCCCCGAGGACGACGAUAUCACGGGCACCAUCACGGUCCCUGAGGUUACCCAUGAUCUCACGGAGGACGAGUUUGUGUUCGAUAUCGAUGUCUAUGCUGAGAACAAGGAGAAACAGGCCGUCAAGGACCUCGUGAGGUCCAAGAUUGUCCCUCAGCUCCGCGCCGAGUUCAUGAAGCUUUCCCCCGCACUUGUUGCUGAGCACGGAAAGGAUAUCCAGCACGCUCCCGGAGAGAAUCCGUCUAGCGGUUUUGCUACCCCUAAGUACCAUCCGCCGACCGGCAUCAAUGCCGCCAAGGCCGCCACAGACGUUGCCCCUAAGACCCAAGCCAACAAGACUGGUACUUUGGUCAACACCACUAGCCUGUCCAUUGACCCGGAGGAGUUCCGCACCACUGCCGAGGAGGUGUAUCUUACCUUUACUGAUCCGCAGCGGGUAGCUGCCUUUACUCGCGCCCCGCCCAAGGUCUGGGAAGGUGCUAAGGUAGGCGGCAAGUUCGCGCUGUUCGAUGGCAACGUCGAGGGUGAAUUCCUCGAGCUCGAGGAAAACAAGAAGAUUGUUCAGAGCUGGCGCCUCAGGCAGUGGCCUGCGGGCCACUACUCAAAGUUGCAACUUGAGUUUGACCAGAACGACAUCGACCGCGUUACUGUCAUGCGCGUCGAGUGGACUGGUAUCCCCAUUGGCGAGGAGGAUGCCACAAAGCGCAACUGGCUUGAGUAUUAUAUUCGCAGCAUCAAGGCUACUUUUGGAUCGCUGAUUCAAUUUCGCCCAAUGGAUCUGUUCCUUGAUAAUAACUUCGCUAUCGCAUCAUCGUACAUCCGUCGGGCAGCCGCCGAGGGGGCUCACCUCGCCGUGCUCCCAGAGUACCACCUCACGGGAUGGUGCCCCGAGCGUCGGGAAUUCCUGUCCGCCUGUUCGCGCUCGUCUUUGUACCUCCCAAGAUACCAGGCACUCGCAAGGGGGUUGAGAAUCAACAUCGUCCCUGGGACAUUCUGCGAGGUUCACCGUCACGAUCCCAUGCCCAUCAGCGAGAUGCCAGGCGGGACGGAGAUCCGCAAUAUGGCCUACUGGAUUGCUGCCGGUACGGGAGAGUUGAUCGGGUCUUAUCAAAAGGUUAACCUGUGGCAUCCCGAACGCAAGGUCCUUGCUGCUCCAGAACCGCCAGAUGGUGAUCCUUCCAGAAAAGUGCACAAGGCGUUUGAUACGCCACUGAUCUGGGCUGCUGGCGACGGGACUGAGACCAAGCCGAUCCGCGCCGGCAUGCUCAUUUGUUGGGACACCAUCUUUCCCGAGGCGUUUCGCGCCCUCGCAGCUGAGGGUGCUGAGCUGGUUGUCGUCCCAUCCUUUUGGCUUACUGAUCCGAAGGACGAGUCAUUCGAGGGAGUGGACACGGUGAAGAUCAAUCCGGACUGCGAGAAGGUGCUUCUGUCCAAUGUGGUAGUGACAAGGGCAUUUAAGAACGAGUGCGUCGUGGUGUUUUGCAAUGCGGGAGGUGUCAGCCAGGUCGCGGUACCUGUGGUGGGGAGAGCGCCUGCUGAGAAGAUUGUGAAGGGAAGCCAGGAAAUGACACCGGCACGCGAGGGCUGGAUUGCAGGAACGAAGACGGAGGAGAUGGCGAUUGUCGAAGUUGACUUUCAGGCUGUCAAGGUUCUGAAGGGGGAGUACAAGACUCUGGAGGACAUGGAAAAGAGAGGAUGGAAGUACUAUGGAGGGCCCUGGAUGAAACGUAAAGAGUAG